AGAUAAACCUCGAGAGCCUCAUUUGGUGGGCAUGGCGCUCUGUAGUGGUAACAGAAUAUUUGAAAGCUAGCAGUCGUACACGAGGAUUCGGCUCAUUGUAUAUAACCAGCGCUCGGAACUGGCAUUGGAAACUCUGGGGAACAGCGGCUACAACCUUGCGACCACGGCCAUUCAGGUUUCCCUCAUCCGAGUCUCUAUGGCUUCUUCCAUCCUUCCAUAUCGGCACGAACUUACCUCGGCCGCAUCAUCGUACAUCGAAAUGGACGAGGAAAUAACAAGCUAUGUGAGGGAGCGAUAUGACAACCAGGUCCAGACGAAGGUGGAAUUUCGCAAUGACCGAUGGUGUGUUUGGGCUAGCAUAAGAUUUACUAAGGAAGAACUGGAUGAGAUGGUAUUGGAACUAAGAAGCCGCACCACAGCGCACCUGGCCGCGUGAAUAUGAAGCAGGGCGUCUGUAUGGAUAGGAACAUCUUGAUGGCUGGGCCCAAUGCAUUAGCUCGGGCGGCUGUACCAGUGUGGCAAGCUUCGGAAGACGCGAUGAAGAGGGCGAGAAUGUGUUUCAAUGGACGGUGGGCGUGGCGCAGACAGGCUAUGCCGUUGUUUGCUGGAGGACUAGUCCUAGAUAGUCAGCCUUGACCGUAGAUGACCGCCAAUCAAUCUGCCUGAGGCGCUG